UUGUCAACCAACAGUCAAAGUCACGACCAACGGUAGCGUCGCUUUCAAUUGUUGAAUAUUAUUUGUUUAGAUAAUUCGAACGAAACUCAAUUGUAUUCAAUUCGUCCACAUUGUUAUUAGAUGUCGUUUUGUUAUUUGUGAGAAUUAAAAUCUUAAGUCAUGGCUGGGCGCGUGAAAAAGGGAGCACCCAAGAAAAAAGCCGCUGGCUAUAAAAUGCCAGCUCCUAUUCCUACUGGUGAAGUUAUUAAGGAUACUCUCUUCAAAAAGGAAUGGCGGAUAGGACCGUCUAUUGGUGUAGGAGGAUUUGGGGAAAUAUAUUCUGCCUGCGACCAUACUUUGAAAGCCAAAGGGUCAGAUUACCCCUACGCUAUAAAAAUUGAGCCUCAUGAGAAUGGACCGCUUUUUGUGGAAAUUAAUUUCUAUCUCAGGAAUGCCAACAAAGAUGACAUUGCAAAGUUCAUGCAAAGCAGAAAGCUGACAAGCUUAGGCAUGCCAACAUACUUCGGCAAGGGGUCCCAUGAAAGCAAUGGAGUCACUUAUAGAUACUUGGUCAUGGAGCGCUUUGGCAAAGAUGUGUGGAGUUUGUUCACCGAGGCCGGAAAGUCGUUCCCACCAGCUACAGUCUUCCAAUUAGGAUUACAGAUGCUUGACGUGUUAGAGUACAUACACAGUCGUGGCUACGUGCAUGCGGACCUCAAAGGUGCCAACAUGCUACUUGGUCUAAAGAAAACUGCUAAGAACCAAGUAUAUCUUGUAGACUUUGGUCUAGCCACGCGACUGAAGGAGGACCAGCCAUUCACCCCGGACCCAAAGAGUGCACACAAUGGCACCAUUGAAUACACAAGCAGAGAUGCACAUUUGGGAGAGCCUACAAUGCGCGGAGACCUGGAGAUCCUUGGCUACAAUAUGCUGCAGUGGCUGGUAGGAGAGCUGCCCUGGGAGAAGUCCCUCAAGCAACCAAAGACAGUGCAAGCCAUGAAGGAAGAGUUCAUGAAGAAUGUUCGAACUAAAAUAAAGAGCAUGGCUAGCAAUGUACCUGAUGCACUGAUCAAAUUCUUUGAAUAUAUAAACACAAUGAAGCCUAAAGAAGUACCAGAUUACAAGAAAUGUCGAAAAUUGUUCGAAGACUACCUCAAGACUGAAGGCAAAACUAGAAAUAGUACUCUGGAAUUCUCUCCUAGUAAGACUCAGUCACCAAGCAAAGGUAGAACAAAGAGAGUUAUUGCUGUAGACAGCGAUGGUUCUGAUGAAGAGGCUGAGGCACCUGUGAAGGCUACCAAACAAAAUGGAGAUGUGCCAAAGAAACGAGGAAGAAAACCCAAGGUCACAGAUGCAGAUACAGAGAAUAAGGCCCCAGAAGUGAAAGAAACAAAGACAAAAGUUAAAAGGAAAUCAUCAGAGCCAGCUGUAUUGGUUAAAGUUAAGAAGACGAGGUUAAACCCGACAUCCACGCCCCCCGCUAAGGAGAACCACACCAACAUAGCCACACAGACCUCGAUUGACAAGAAUAAGUACAGUCCGAGACUGAAUACUUCCAGACACGUGUCCUUCGAUAGUCCAAUCAGCGAAAUAGUAGGUGACAGUAGCAAGAACAGUGGUAUCAACUCAAGCGGGGACAUAUUCGAUGAUUCCUUCACUAUAAAGGAGGUUAAAGUUAAGCCUAAGAGAAAAUUACUAUCAAAUGAAGAGGUACUUGUUAAGAGAGUAAUUAGGAAAAAGGUUACGAAUGUGAAAAAAGGUAAGUCUUGGAAAGAUCUCCCUACUGUUGUGAAUGGGCGGUCGCCACCCAAGUAAGUUUGUUAUUGGUCACAUAAUUUUAUGAACAAUUUGAAACCCGCCCUCGGUGAAAGUGUGUGAACAUACUCACUGUUAUAUUAUGUUAUUCUAAUUGAAAUAUUUGACAAAGAAUUGGUAGUACUUACGUAACUUUAAAGCCCGUGCCAUCAAACAAUAUAAUCCCACUAUAGCUAGCUUUAAUAAUAUAAUCCAUAAUCUACUUGAUACCUUGAUUUUAUUGAUUGGUAAAAAAAUAUAUGCACAACAAAACUGGACUUGAAAGCAUUUCCUUUUUUUUUGUUAUUUUCAGACUGCUUUCAAACUCGAAUGUUGCUUUCCCAACCAAUCAAUGAUUUAAAUAAGUUCAAUAAUUAAGUUUUAAUAAUAUUUUAGUUCAGAUACCUGUCUUAUAAUACUGAGAUUAUUAUCAAAUACAUUUGUUUUAAUUUUUUUAGUUUACUGUUCUUUUUAGUUCUCAAUAGUUGGCGCUAGUGUAUACAUAUAGCAUUUUGUCCUGUUAAUCUAACUUUAAAUUUCAAAAGACUAAUUCUAUACCUGUAGUGGCGCGAUAACAUCAGUAAUUAUAAACAAUAUUUAUCCAUAUAUAAAAAAAAAACUAAUGUAAUCAUAUCAUACAAAUUUUGUAUACAAGUAGAAAUAAUGAUUAAAGAGGUCUCAUACCUCUGUAAAUAAUUCCAUUUUGUACUUGUUCUAUAACGAAUAUUAAUGAUAAUAAUGAUUUACUAUUUUAUUUAAUAAUCUGUGGUUUUCUUUCAAAGAAAGGUGUAGAGCACAAUUUUUUUUUUUUAAUACUAAUAUAACUAAUCCACCGUAUUACCUAAUUAUUUAUAAUAGAAUUGAUUUCAAAUAGAAACUGUACCUUCAGAUUUAGAUCUUAAGAUUGAAAAUCCUAUGUUGAUCAAUAUAAUGUUUUAUUCAAAAUUGUGACAUUACAUUGGAUUUUCCACCCUAUUUUAAUCGUUGUUAUGUUGUUUUUACAAUAGAAUUGGAACACAAUACCUUUUAUUUGUUGGUUAAUGAUUACACUUGCUAAAAAAGCCUCAAUUGCGACUGUAAUAAAGUCUAUAUAGCAGUUGUUACCACUGAUAAUAAUUUGUACUUACUUGUUGAAGUUUGAUAACUCACUAAAACAGUUUGAAUUGUUUCAAAAUAUAUUAUUGCAAUGUUAAUUGUGAAACAUACUUAUCAGAUUUAUAGCUUUGUUGAGCAGAUUUGAUCCAUAUUCAUAUGUUGUUGAGAUCCAAUUUUCAUUGAAGACAGUGCCAAAUCAUACAGGAAUUAAGUGGCUUACAUAUACAUAAUAUGUUGAAAAGUGAAAAUGCAUAAUAUUUUUAAUAUUGUAUAGAGAUACAGAGGCCAGCAGAUCAGCCUACUCCUUUUGUUAGAUUAUCCUAUUGUUUUGAUAUAGUCUAAAAUGCAAUGAAAAAAAAAAAUGAGUAGGUUAAUCUAUUGGUAGGAAGGUCUCAGGAGGUUUAAUAAAUAAUUGCAUGUUAAAAAUUCUUGUUCAUAUCAAGAAAAUGUUCCUGUUGGUGAAAUUAGGUAGUUAGAUGGGGGAGGGGGGAUACCUAAUGUUAAACAUGUUAUGUUUGGAUUGUACUAAUAGUGUUGUGCCACUGUUUUAGUGAGCGGGUUUGUGUUAAUAAUUAUGCAUUCGUUUUGUGUGAUCAAUAUGUAAUUAUUAUGUAAAAUAAUUAAUUAAAUAAACAGUAUUUCUUAA